AUGGCCCCUGCCGUACGAGCUUCCUCCCCAUCUCCAUCCAUCUCCCCAACCCCGGCGAUAUCUUCGUGUCCUUCUCCAGUGCGGACGUUUUCAACAGUCUCUUCUCUAUCAACAUCCUCAGCCACCUCCGGUGAUGCCAGGUCUUCCGUGUCCAUCUCAACAAGGAGACGAGGGUAUAUUCGACCUCAGGGGGGCGAGUUCGCCGCCUCCGCUAAAAACCGGGAGAGUGUGAUGAGUUUGGGAAGUAUUGCUCACUUGCAGUACUACUUCGCUCGGACGGGGUUGUUGGACGGCAAAGGUGGCAAUGCUCGGGAAUAUAGAAAGAAAAAGACCAACCCCGACGAGGUUCCCCGCUUGCUCCUCACCCCGAAUGCUCGAUUUGUGGAUGAUCUGACCACCAGCCCAAUCGAGGAUGAGACCGAAACCCCCGAUCUAGAGGAAUACGUAUACGACGAGGCCGAUGAAAUGAUGCUCCCACCGACAGUGAGCACGUAUAGCAUCAAGACGCACCAUAUCCCCCCACCUCCGGAUCUCUUACAGUUGCGGAGGGAUCUCCUGAACGCAAUCUGGAAAGCACAGAAGGAGAUCGAUUCCAUGUCUCCCAAGGAACCUUCUCCAGCGAUGCUUCCCCCGAGGAUCAGCCUUUCACCCGAUGGGACCAUGGACCCGGAGGAAGAUUCACAACGACAGGCAGAUAUCGCCGGGACGCAGAAGAGCUGGCACGAGCUUCAGGGCAUGCGGAUUCUGGACGUCAUGACCCUGGCAAUCCGCGCAGCAAAGAUAUACUACACUACCCAUGAACACCCGGAGCAACUGGCAUCGAUUAAGAGUGAACGGGAGAUCCGACAGGAGCUUCUCAACGUCUUGGAGGUCCUGAAACGCUGGGCGUCUCGGAAUUUUACGGGUGGGUUCCGCGACGACGAGCGAGCCGCGGUUCUGGGGUGGAUGCUGGACGUGCGCAAGAUGCUCUCCCAAGAAGCCCAACUGGAAGAUGCAGAGGUCAAGGCGCGCGCAGGAUGGCUCUGGAUAGACGGCGACUGGACCGGUCGGGAACGAGCCCGGGAAGAAGCGUUCCUGGCCAGUUUGAUAGACCCCGACACCCCAUUACCGGCCUGGACAGAGCCCGGGAACGGUUCCCUGCCCACCCCAAUGCUCGAGCGCCUUCGGGAUGGCCGGGACCUGGUGCGAAUCCACAAUCAGGGCGUCCGGAAGUCCAAGCGACCCUUUGGCGAAAUCAAGUCCUUCCACGAGGACGUAGCCAAGCCAUAUCGGUGUGCGGACAACCUUCGAUACUGGACCAAAGCGGCGGAAAUCCGCUGGGAGACGAAGCUAGAAAUGGACGUCAUGGGAGUUGUCUAUGGGAGCAGCGACGAGGCCUGGCAGCAAUUUGACCGUGCCAUCCUUGCUUGGUGCAAAGCCGUCCGAGAAGAGCUGGCAAAAGACUUGCGGGCCGGUCGCCUCGUGGACGUAUCCAUGCGUGCCCUCUUCACUGGGUCGACUGCCACUACUGCGCCCACGCACCACCCCUCGGAGUCCCGUCCACCAAACUCGUCCACGUCGCAAGCUUCGUCUCCUCCUCCUCCUCCUCCUCCUCCUCCUCCACCACCACUACUACAGUCGACACCCUUUGUUUCCGUAUCUCCUGCCGAUGAACCCCCAGCACCACAUCGCGUCAAAUCCAAAUCCUCCCUGCGAAGUAUUCGAAGCAUCGGGAGUAGCAGUCUCCACGAAGCCGAUUGCGACGAUCUCAUCGACCCGUCCGAUAAGUCCCUUGUGCGCCCAUCUAUCCUCCGCAGGCUCUCACCCGGCCUAGCUGCCCGGGUGAAGUUACUGGACGGCAGCAGCAAAGUCCCCUCUGCUACCUUCCGCAAUAUAGGGGCUGUUGGUCGGAUCCCAGAGGAACAUAUUAAGGAGCUCGACAAUCUACAUCAAGAUCUGUCAAUUAAAGUGGAGAAGAAGGGCCGCUCGUGGACGGGGCUCUCGCUCAUCAACAAAGCCCGCGAACAAUUUCAGUUUGCGGACUUGCCCGAACCACCACCACCACUAGUUGCGGUUGCUGCCUUAACCCUUGGGUCGGAAGAAGGUGUGCCGGCCACAGGCCACCAAGAGUCCCUGGCACCGCCAAUCGUCGCCGACCGGGUCCUGCCUUUCACUCCCCCUCGAGAGGAGGAUAAGGUUCAAGAUACGGCAGUGGAAGAUACGCCAGCAACCAUGUCGGUUGUGGACUCUUCACCGGCCGCCCGGGGUUCCGAAUCGCUCGGUUCGAACGUGGAAGAGCAGCUCGAGGUCCAGACCGAUUUCGAAAAAUAUAUCCAAAGCACCUCCCAGAUCGAAGCAAAUGAUGACCCGCCUCCACCACCUCCACCACCCAAGGACUGCUCGCCGCCGCCGCCAUCGAGCCUCCAUCGGACAGAAUCCAUCUACUCCUUCUCCCGGGCCUCCUUCAGCAACCAACUCUCGCAGCUCACCUCCAUCACACUCCCACAGCCCUCGUCACUGGAAGCCAGCAUCGCCGCGAUAUCGAACGCCCCGGCUGCAGUCAAGGCUCUCACCGGGGCCGCAGAGCAGAUCCACAUCUGGAUCAAGAAGGCAUCGAAUGUGCUCAGCGGAUUGGAUGCGGAGGACGAUGUGGAGUGGGCCGCCGCGGGGGGGCGAGAAGGUCUGGAGGGGGUGGACAAAGCCAUCACGAAAUUCGAAAGUCUGAUCAACGUCUACGUGAAAGCAAUCGAAGACGUUCAGCUCCGCCCGGAUAUCGGUAAUGUCAGCACGGAGAGCCUGGAAACCAUCGUCAUCCAGAUGGAUACGAUCCUGCAGAGCUGGGCCCAAAUCAAGGUGCGACUACGAGCCGCAAAGGAACAGGUCGAAUUGGCAAUGGAAUGGGAGGAGCUGUGGAACAACGUGCUGGGCGAUGUGGGAGCCGAGGUUGACAAUUUGAGUCGCUUGAUCUUCGAAAUGGAGGAGAAGCGACAUUUUGCCAUGGCAAACGAGGAGCCGACGAACACGGGCCUAGACAUUAACGAACUUGAGACCAUCGUGGAGGAAACACCGUCCAGUGGCGCGAUGCCUUCGAAGCGGUUCAGUAUGGGCCCUAUGUUUGCUUCUGCACCCGCCUUCGACACCCCCAUCAUCCAACCCGCGCAGGAUGAUACCAACCAUUCGAAUCUGAUUGCCCUGUUUGCCCGCAUCCAACCCCUGCGGGCAUCCCUGGAUUUCUUGCCCAUGCGACUGUCGAUGUUCCAGUCCCGUGCGGAACGCGUCUUCCCGUCUGCCUGCGAGGAGCUGGAAGACCGUCGGAGUCGCCUGGAGAAGAAUUAUAAGGUGCUGGAAGUCGAUGCAGAGUCCUUGCGGAAGGAGCUCAGUGAAGACCGCUGGAUUCUGGUUUUCAGAAAUGCCGGUUCCCAAGCUCGGAAAAUGUUUGAAUCGGUUGAACGCAGUAUCUCCAAACUGCAGGAGAGUAUCGAGACGGGGCAACAUCUGCACAACCCCACGGGCCUCACGAAGCGCAUUGAGAGUUAUGAGGCCAAGAAGCAACAUUACAUUCCGGCCAUUGAGCGCGUCGUCUCCAUUAUCCAGAAAGGAGUCAACGAUCGACUGACCGUCAACGGAGAGACCUUGAGGCUUCUCUCGGACAUGACUUCGAGGAUCGAUGCCCUGAAAGCCAGCAUCAAGGUCAUGGACUCGUCCCUGGAGGAUAUUCAGCAUUUCAGGACACAGCACAUGCGGGACUCGAUCUCCAGUAUCGUCACAAUGGAUAGUCCCGCUACGGGAAGUGUUAUUGAUACUCCCGGGAGCUCACCCGCUUCCUCGGUGAUCAUGACACCGGGAACCACCACCACCACCACCGCCUCCACUCUCAAAAGAUCUACGACGCCUUUGGGGUCGUCCAGCCGUCGUGGCAGUUCGGUGAGCUCCACUACUCGCGCAACCUCCAAGGUCCGUCGAUAUUCGGGGGUGCCGCAACCCACGGCGACCCUCACCGGGAAGAAGCCCGCCAUUCCCAAAGCGACCUUGGCUGCACCCUCUCCAAAGUUGAAUGCAUUCACUACUACACCUACACCCGCAACACGCAAGAUCCCGCGCCCCACAGCAUCCCCCUUGCCCAACCGUCCUCGAUGGAACGGCAGCACCAACACCACCGAUUUAGAGGUUGGACACGUGUUCAAGCCAUCGUCGGCGUUCCGCAAGUCCUCUGCGCCGGCCGCGGCGAAUCGUAUUCCACGUCCCUCCCCAACCCAUCGGGAUCUUGCCCGAUCGGCCAGCCGCGUUUCCAGCCGAUUGGCAUCCCGCAGCCCGACUCGCGCGGCAGCAGCAUCCCCGCCACCGAGCCGCACGCGCCUCGACGCGCCGACCCCUUACAGCAUACGACGACUCUCCGGAAUGGAGGGUAUGUCCAACGUACCCCGCAGUCGACAAAGCUUUGCAGGACUGUCUUUCAGCCGGAGCGUGUCGAGCGACCAAGACCCACCUUUACUGAGCCCUACAAAGGCCGCCCGUCCCGGCACCGCUCUUGGCCACUCAGGCAGCCGUCGGCUCAGUUUACUCCCUCUCCCGCAGAAUUCUACCCGCAAGGACAAACCCCCGGCGACCCGGAGCAAGCUUGCAGACCGACCUCCUUGGCGGUAG